CGGAGGGCGUGAGCGGCGCUGAGUGACCCGAGUCGGGACGCGGGCUGCGCGCGCGGGACCCCGGAGCCCAAACCCGGGGCAGGCGGGCAGCUGUGCCCGGGCGGCACGGCCAGCUUCCUGAUUUCUCCCGAUUCCUUCCUUCUCCCUGGAGUGGCCGACAAUGUCCACCACGGUCAAUGUAGAUUCCCUUGCGGAAUAUGAGAAGAGCCAGAUCAAGAGAGCCCUGGAGCUGGGGACGGUGAUGACUGUGUUCAGCUUCCGCAAGUCCACCCCCGAGCGGAGAACCGUCCAGGUGAUCAUGGAGACGCGGCAGGUGGCCUGGAGCAAGACCGCUGACAAGAUCGAGGGCUUCUUGGAUAUCAUGGAAAUAAAAGAAAUCCGCCCAGGGAAGAACUCCAAAGAUUUCGAGCGAGCAAAAGCAGUUCGCCAGAAAGAAGACUGCUGCUUCACCAUCCUGUAUGGCACUCAGUUCGUCCUCAGCACGCUCAGCUUGGCGGCUGACUCUAAAGAGGAUGCAGUUAACUGGCUCUCUGGCUUGAAAAUCUUACACCAGGAAGCGAUGAAUGCGUCCACGCCCACCAUUAUCGAGAGUUGGCUGAGAAAGCAGAUAUAUUCUGUGGAUCAAACCAGAAGAAACAGCAUCAGUCUCCGAGAGUUGAAGACCAUCUUGCCCCUGAUCAACUUUAAAGUGAGCAGUGCCAAGUUCCUUAAAGAUAAGUUUGUGGAAAUAGGAGCACACAAAGAUGAGCUCAGCUUUGAACAGUUCCAUCUCUUCUAUAAAAAACUUAUGUUUGAACAGCAAAAAUCGAUUCUCGAUGAAUUCAAAAAGGAUUCGUCCGUGUUCAUCCUGGGGAACACUGACAGGCCGGAUGCCUCUGCUGUUUACCUGCAUGACUUCCAGAGGUUUCUCAUACAUGAACAGCAGGUGAGAGCAUAAGGUGUGUGGGUGCCUGAGGGAGCUGGCGGGACGCUGCUGGGGACUAGUCUCACCCUUCUGCCGCCUGUGCUCACCUGGUCAACUGUGCUCACCUGGCCACCUGUGCUCACCUGGUCACCUGUGCUCACCUGGCCACCUGUCUUCAUGGAACAAUUGCAGUCUGCCAGAUGCUGGAGACUUCAGAUUGCUGUCUGAUGCCACUGAAACUCUGGAUGAGAAGAGCCUCAUGUCGGGCCUCUUUUCAAGGCACACAUUGAGGAUGAGAAGACUGAGAAGAUUCCAGGGCAGGGCAGGAGGGGAGCAUUGGGCUCAGGAUCUGAACAAAGUCCGUGAGCGGAUGACAAAGUUCAUUGAUGACACCAUGCGUGAAACUGCUGAGCCUUUCUUGUUUGUGGAUGAGUUCCUCACGUACCUGUUUUCACGAGAAAACAGCAUCUGGGAUGAGAAGUAUGACGCGGUGGACAUGCAGGACAUGAACAACCCCCUGUCUCAUUACUGGAUCUCCUCGUCACAUAACACGUACCUUACAGGUGACCAGCUGCGGAGCGAGUCGUCCCCAGAAGCUUACAUCCGCUGCCUGCGCAUGGGCUGUCGCUGCAUUGAACUGGACUGCUGGGACGGGCCCGAUGGGAAGCCGGUCAUCUACCAUGGCUGGACGCGGACUACCAAGAUCAAGUUUGACGACGUCGUGCAGGCCAUCAAAGACCACGCCUUUGUUACCUCGAGCUUCCCAGUGAUCCUGUCCAUCGAGGAGCACUGCAGCGUGGAGCAACAGCGUCACAUGGCCAAGGCCUUCAAGGAAGUGUUUGGCGACCUGCUGCUGACGAAGCCCACGGAGGCCAGUGCUGACCAGCUGCCCUCGCCCAGCCAGCUGCGGGAGAAGAUCAUCAUCAAGCAUAAGAAGCUGGGCCCCCGAGGCGAUGUGGAUGUCAACAUGGAGGACAAGAAGGAUGAGCACAAGCAACAGGGAGAGCUGUACAUGUGGGAUUCCAUUGACCAGAAAUGGACUCGGCACUACUGCGCCAUCGCCGAUGCCAAGCUGUCCUUCAGUGAUGACAUUGAACAGACUAUGGAGGAGGAAGUGCCCCAGGAUAUACCCCCUACAGAACUACAUUUUGGGGAGAAAUGGUUCCACAAGAAGGUGGAGAAGAGGACGAGUGCCGAGAAGUUGCUGCAGGAAUACUGCAUGGAGACGGGGGGCAAGGAUGGCACCUUCCUGGUUCGGGAGAGCGAGACCUUCCCCAAUGACUACACCCUGUCCUUCUGGCGGUCAGGCCGGGUCCAGCACUGCCGGAUCCGCUCCACCAUGGAGGGCGGGACCCUGAAAUACUACUUGACUGACAACCUCACCUUCAGCAGCAUCUAUGCCCUCAUCCAGCACUACCGCGAGACACACCUGCGCUGCGCCGAGUUCGAGCUGCGGCUCACGGACCCUGUGCCCAACCCCAACCCCCACGAGUCCAAGCCGUGGUACUAUGACAGCCUGAGCCGUGGAGAGGCAGAGGACAUGCUGAUGAGGAUUCCCCGGGACGGGGCCUUCCUGAUCCGGAAGCGAGAGGGGAGCGACUCCUAUGCCAUCACGUUCAGGGCUAGGGGCAAGGUAAAGCAUUGUCGCAUCAACCGGGACGGCCGGCACUUUGUGCUGGGGACCUCCGCCUAUUUUGAGAGUCUGGUGGAGCUCGUCAGUUACUACGAGAAGCAUUCACUCUACCGAAAGAUGAGACUGCGCUACCCCGUGACCCCCGAGCUCCUGGAGCGCUACAAUAUGGAAAGAGAUAUAAACUCCCUCUACGACGUCAGCAGAAUGUAUGUGGAUCCCAGUGAAAUCAAUCCGUCCAUGCCUCAGAGAACCGUGAAAGCUCUGUAUGACUACAAAGCCAAGCGAAGCGACGAGCUGAGCUUCUGCCGUGGUGCCCUCAUCCACAAUGUCUCCAAGGAGCCCGGGGGCUGGUGGAAAGGAGACUAUGGAACCAGGAUCCAGCAGUACUUCCCAUCCAACUACGUCGAGGACAUCUCAACUGCAGACUUCGAGGAGCUAGAAAAGCAGAUUAUUGAAGACAAUCCCUUAGGGUCUCUUUGCAGAGGAAUAUUGGACCUCAAUACCUAUAACGUCGUGAAAGCCCCUCAGGGAAAAAACCAGAAGUCCUUUGUCUUCAUCCUGGAGCCCAAGAAGCAGGGCGAUCCUCCGGUGGAGUUUGCCACAGACAGGGUGGAGGAGCUCUUUGAGUGGUUUCAGAGCAUCCGAGAGAUCACCUGGAAGAUUGACACCAAGGAGAACAACAUGAAGUACUGGGAGAAGAACCAGUCCAUCGCCAUCGAGCUCUCUGACCUGGUUGUCUACUGCAAACCAACCAGCAAAACCAAGGACAACUUAGAAAAUCCUGACUUCCGAGAAAUCCGCUCCUUUGUGGAGACGAAGGCUGACAGCAUCAUCAGACAGAAGCCCGUUGACCUCCUGAAGUACAAUCAAAAGGGCCUGACCCGCGUCUACCCAAAGGGACAAAGAGUUGACUCUUCAAACUACGACCCCUUCCGCCUCUGGCUGUGCGGUUCUCAGAUGGUGGCACUCAAUUUCCAGACGCCAGAUAAGUACAUGCAGAUGAAUCACGCGUUGUUUUCUCUCAAUGGGCGCACGGGCUACGUUCUGCAGCCUGAGAGCAUGAGGACAGAGAAAUAUGACCCGAUGCCACCCGAGUCCCAGAGGAAGAUCCUGAUGACGCUGACAGUCAAGGUUCUCGGUGCUCGCCAUCUCCCCAAACUUGGACGAAGUAUUGCCUGUCCCUUUGUAGAAGUGGAGAUCUGUGGAGCCGAGUAUGACAACAACAAGUUCAAGACGACGGUUGUGAAUGAUAAUGGCCUCAGCCCUAUCUGGGCUCCAACACAGGAGAAGGUGACAUUUGAAAUUUAUGACCCAAACCUGGCAUUUCUGCGCUUUGUGGUUUAUGAAGAAGAUAUGUUCAGCGAUCCCAACUUUCUUGCUCAUGCCACUUACCCCAUUAAAGCAAUCAAAUCAGGAUUCAGGUCCGUUCCUCUGAAGAAUGGGUACAGCGAGGACAUAGAGCUGGCUUCCCUCCUGGUUUUCUGUGAGAUGCGGCCAGUCCUGGAGAGCGAAGAGGAACUUUACUCCUCCUGUCGCCAGCUGAGGAGGCGGCAAGAAGAACUGAACAACCAGCUCUUUCUGUAUGACACACACCAGAACUUGCGCAAUGCCAACCGGGAUGCCCUGGUUAAAGAGUUCAGUGUUAAUGAGAACCAGCUCCAGCUGUACCAGGAGAAAUGCAACAAGAGGUUAAGAGAGAAGAGAGUCAGCAACAGCAAGUUUUACUCAUAGGAGCUGGGGUAUGUGUGUAAGGGUAUUGUGUGUGUGCGCAUGUGUGUUUGCAUGUAGGAGAAUGUGCCCUAUUCACACUCUGGGAAGACGCUAAUCUGUGACAUCUUUUCUUCAAGCCUGCCAUCAAGGACAUUUCUUAAGACCCAACUGGCAUGAGUUGGGGUAAUUUCCCAUUAUUUUCAUCUUGGACAACUUUCUUAACUUAUAUUCUUUAUAGAGGAUUCCCCAAAAUGUGCUCCUCAUUUUUGGCCUCUCAUGUUCCAAACCUCAUUGAAUAAAAGCAAUGAAAACCUUGA